AUGUCCCAGCAUGCUCUGCUCUCUGCGGGUUGUAAGGCAUGGCGGUCACUUUCAUGUCCCCGGUCAGAGCUUCGGCUGGAUCUCACUCUGGGAUGUGGACAGACUUUCCGAUGGCGUGAGACUGCAGAUGGUCACUGGAUGGGAGUAAUGCGAGGAAAAGUGUGGACACUAACUCAAACAGAGGAUACGUUAUGGUACUAUGUUUACAGUCAUCAAAUAAAUCCAGGAACAGAAAACAGACAGAAAUGGAAGGCGGAAGAUGAGGAGCAGUUAUUGGGGAAGAUGUCAAGAAGAAAGAUUGACAUGAAGCAGGAAGAGGUGGGAUUGUGCACAGUGAUGUCAGAGCCUGACAACAAAGAGGAGGAACUUCUGAGGGACUAUUUCCAGUUAGGUGUUAAAUUAGGGGAUCUCUACAGCGACUGGAGCACUGUGGAUCCACACUUCAAACAUACAGCAAACAUCCAAAAAUGA